AACUUGUGUGGAACAGUGAAUGCUAUGCCGUGGAAUGAGACUUUUAUUGUGUAAAAACAAGCAGUUUCGAGCUUUCGCAGCGCUUCCGGUCUGUCCCGCCGUGUCUGAGGGCUUUUAUCAGCGAGAAUUCAGACUCCAGAGCUCUGCUGGCUCUCUUCACAGCAUCGAUGGCUGAUCAUGUGGAAAAUGCGGUCAAUAAUGUGUCAAACGACGGGACGGAGGCCAACCGGCACACUGAGACGACUCCCAGCCGUAACGAGGUGGAGUUGAACGGACAGCCGCCCACCGCACGACCCCCGCAGGUGCUCACAGACAGCGAGGAGGACGAGGACGAGGAGCUGACUCUCAAGUAUGGAGCCAAGCAUGUGAUCAUGCUGUUUGUUCCCGUCACGCUGUGUAUGGUGGUGGUUGUGGCGACCAUCAAAUCAGUCAGUUUCUACACGCAAAAGGACGGCCAGCAGCUGAUCUACACUCCGUUCCGUGAGGACACGGAGACGGUGGGUCAGCGUGCACUGAACUCCAUGCUCAACGCCUUCAUCAUGAUCGGAGUGAUUCUGGUCAUGACUCUGGUGCUGGUGGUGCUCUACAAGUACAGAUGCUACAAGGUGAUUCAAGCCUGGCUGUUCUUCUCCAACCUCCUCCUCCUCUUCUUUUUCUCCUUAAUUUAUUUGGGGGAAGUGUUCAAGACGUACAACGUGGCCAUGGACUACUUCACGCUGGCCGUGAUCAUCUGGAACUUCGGUGUGGUGGGAAUGAUCUGUAUCCACUGGAAGGGUCCGCUGCGGCUCCAGCAGGCCUAUCUGAUCAUGAUCAGCGCUCUCAUGGCCCUGGUCUUCAUCAAGUACCUGCCAGAGUGGACCGCCUGGCUCAUCCUCGCUGCUAUAUCUGUCUACGGAAUCGCUGUCAGUGUGAACAUUCCUCAUGGCGUCUCUCUGUCUCCUGUAGUUGCCAUGGCACCCACAGCUCAGCCGGAGGAUGAUGGCGGUUUCACACCAUCAUGGGUCAAUCAGCAGCAGCAUCAGCUUGGCCCCAUGCAGUCCUCUGAGGACAGCAGACGAGAGAUCCAAGAGUUGCCCUCCGCACGCCCGCCACCUGUGGAAGACGACGAAGAGCGGGGUGUGAAGCUGGGUUUGGGAGAUUUCAUCUUUUACAGUAUGCUGGUGGGUAAAGCAUCAGCUACAGCCAGCGGUGACUGGAACACGACGAUAGCCUGCUUUGUGGCCAUUCUCAUCGGUUUAUGUCUAACUCUGCUCCUCCUGGCAAUCUUCAAAAAGGCCCUUCCAGCUCUCCCCAUCUCUAUAACCUUCGGCCUGGUCUUUUACUUUGCUACCGAUAACCUUGUGCGGCCGUUCAUGGAUCAGCUGGCUGUUCAUCAGUUCUACAUUUAGCACGGAGGAGAGGUCACUCCUCAUGCUCUUCACUUUACAGCUAAUUCCCAGAAUCCUCUUGCAGGGAAAGUGAACCCUGUAGACAAGCACACCUUUCCUCUUCCUCUGGACACAUGAUUGGAUUAGCUGUUUUUGGCAUUGAAUGACUCUUUAUUAAUUACAGUGCCUGUCCAGCGACUCAUCUGAUCCUGAUAUUUGCUUUGGUAACUUCUUCGGGCGAUAUGCCGAACAUUUGUUUGCUUGGAGAAAACACAGACCAUCUUACAUGUAAGAAUGGAUGAAAGUGAUCAUGACUUUAUCACUUUGAUGAACUCUGGUGUAUGGAAUGGGACCAGAGCUUGCUUUGUCCACCAGAUCUUGGAUUCACUUUCUAGGCAUUACAUUAAUUCCAGCUCUGAUAUAGUGAGCAUUAACCCAAAGCUCUCUGAAUGAUAUGGCUGCACGCACAGAGGUAGGUACUGAUCACUUUUAUUGGUCUUCUGAGGGUGCCUGUGAUACUUUGAGUUUUCAUUUUUAACACCAGCUGAGACCAGCCAUUUGAGCAUAUUUGAGACGAUGUUCUGGGCUACUCUAGCAUUAAAUCAAGUGCUGAUCCAAGCUACUGUUGUGCUCUCCUGAAAAGUGUGAGAGCGUCAUUUUGGAAUGUUUAAACGUUCUUUUUAAUUUCCUACGUGUUUGGACAAGAUGUCAGGAGACUGUGUGGGAAUUGUUUGUUUGUUAAUUUUGUGGUGUU